AUUUGACUCAGUGAUCUCACUUAGUAGAAUUCAAAACACUAGUUAGCUUAUGAUGAAUUGAUGCCAAUAGCUACCUUCAGUGUAAUUUUACACAUGACAUGUACCACUCACUCAGGUGUAAACAGCUCAUGGUUGACACUGAGAAAAGAGCAGUGGGAUGUGGUGCCACAUCCACCAUAGACCUCAGCGGAAAGAACAAAGAGAAUGAGAAGAAAAAGAGGUCUCGUGUGAAACAGGUGAUGGCAGAUGUGAAGAAACAGGUGGACUUCUGGUUCGGGGAUGUCAACCUUCACAAGGACCGGUUUCUGAGACAACUCAUUGAGGAGUCACGAGAUGGAUGUAAGUCAUUGCAAUAAGCAGCACUGGUGUAGUAGCUGGCUAGUUUACUUUCCCUGUAAGUUCCUUUCAUUUGAAGCGAGUUGAGCUGCUACUGUCAACAGUGGUUUUAUUUUCUACAGAUGUUGACAUAUCAGUGUUGACGUCCUUCAACCGAAUGAAAAAUCUGACAACUGAUUGCAAGUUGAUUGCUAGAGCGCUGAAAAAUGCAUCUGUCGUUGAGGUAAAGUACUACUGUAUAUAUUCAGUUUUUCAGUUGCAUGCUGGUUGGAGUUUUGUAUCGAAUCCAUAGAUUUAUGGUGUUCACUGUGACCUGUUUUGGUCCUUUAGGUCAACCUAGAGGGAACUAAAGUGCGACGGCAGCGUCCAAUAGGAGAGGAUCCAAAAGAUGUAGACAAGCGAACAGUCUAUGUGGUAAAUACCAGUUACAUUCAUGUUUGUCAAUUCAUGACGUGGUCCUUUGGUUAUUAUAAAAUACAGCUUCCCCCCAGGAACUUCUGCCCAAGAAAGUAACCCACGACUGGCUAGAGCGAGUGUUCACCAAAUGUGGAAAUGUGGUUUACGUCAGCGUGCCAAGAUACAAAACCACGGGCCACUCCAAAGGGUUUGCCUUCGUUGAGUUUGAGACAGAAGAGGAAGCACAGAAAGCCAUAGAGGUGAGAUAUCAUAAAGAUUUCUCUGUAAUUCAUUUCAUGAUUGAAUUGAUGUGUUCUAUCUAGUAACAAACUGGUAGAGAACUAACCAUGUUCUCCUUGUCCAGAUGCUAAACAACCCUCCAGAGGACGCCCGCAGGAAGCCUGGCAUCUUUCCCAAGACCAAGAACAGGAAGCCUAUCCCUGAUCCACCCUCCCUGAACACCACACAAGGUGGGUAUUGGGAAAAAUGUAGCAUCACUGGUUAACUCCAGAGUGACUACACACAAUAAGAACAAAUGCGUAUGUUGGCCACUUUUGAGUAAAGUGGCAACGCUUUAAGUGUCAAGUUAACACCCUUUACCAUCUGUGAAUCUACUGUGUGUGUGUGUGUGUGUGUGUGUGUGUGUGUGUGUGUGUGUGUGUGUGUGUGUCUUUGCAGACAAGGAAGAGGAGGAGGAGAAGAAGAAGAGGAAGAAGAAGAAGUCCAGGGGGAGCGCCAAAGAGGACGCCCUGUCACAGACGGAGACGACAGUGGGCGGGGGCAAACAGGAAAUAGAAUCUGAGUCUAAACCCUCUGACAGGAAGAGGAAACACACGGCCGAGGGUGCAGAGGGCGUAGUACCUGCGGAGGGCACAAGGAAGCCCCCAUCCAAAAAGCUAGAGAAGAAGAGACGGCGGUCCCAGACAGGGGAGAGCUCAGAGAGUGACGCCCAGGGAGACAUGCCAUCCAAGCUGAGGAAGACGAGUGAGGGGAAGGAUGACAAGGUGAAGGAGAGCGAUGGGAAAGGUAAGGCCCUUCAUUAUAUUGAACCCGCAUCACAUUGCUUGUAGGGCUGGGAAUUACCAGGUACCUCACGAUACAAUAUCACGAUACUUAGGUGCCGAUUCUAUAUGUAUUGUGAUUCAAUACUGUGAUUUUAUUGCGAUGUUCCAAACAUAUUGCUCACCAUAUGUCUGCUGCAGAGAGACAAGAGAGCCAUGAGAAUGAGUUUUGAUCAGUCAUGGAAAUAAAAGUGAUGAAAACAAAUUGGCUCCCUAUUUAAAACGAUGGAGAACAAGCUGUGAAGGAGUUUUGGUGCAACUAGCACAAAAAUAAUAUUGUGAUAUUGUCAAAACGAUACAAUAUAUCGUGAAACAAUAUCCCGAUAUGUAACUAUUGACCCCCACCACCACCAUCACUAAUUGCUUGUGAACAGAUAAAAUCACACAAAAUGGUUUUGCAUACAAGAAAAUACUGGGUAGACUCCUCUCAUUCACAGGUAGAUGCUCCUAGUUCAGAAUCACACGUGGGCAGGUUUGACUAAAUCCUGCUCUAAGGAUGGUCUCCCGGUCUGACACUAUAGUGAGAUGGUCAGCAGUGACAAAUUAAGCCUAAUAAUAAUCUUGUGUUCUUCAGACCUGCCUGUCAAGGCUAAGGAGGAGAAAGAGGAAGAGGAGGAGAAGAUGGACGACUCCCUGCUAAAAGCCAAGAGGAAAAGGAAGAAGAAGCACAAGGAGAGGGUGAAGAUCGGGGAAGAGGUUAUUCCUCUCCGGGUUCUCUCCAAGUAAGAACUAUCAUGCAUCUUUAUCACUACUAGCUUACUCUUAGUCAAUCAGACCAACAGCAUUGACAUAAUCCCUAAAUAACUUAGUCUAAAGCAUAGCAUCUUUAUUGAACAAUCCAAUACCCUAGUGUUAGACAAGAUAUUAUUUAGAAUGAAGAGCUUGCUCUUUCUUUUGUUCUCUCUCUCCUUUCUCUACCUCUCCCUCUCCAUCCUCUCCUUCUGGCUCUGGAUGGAAGGAAAGACUGGCUGAAGCUGAAGCAGGAGUAUCUGACCCUGCAGAAGAGGAGCAUGGGAGCUCUGAAGACGUGCUUGACCAAGUUCCACCACAAGGGGGCAGGAGGGGAAGAUGGAGAUGGACACCAGUCUGCAACAGACAUGUAAGUACCUAUACUGAACAAAAAUAUAAACGCAACAUGUAAAGUGUUGGUCCCAACAUACAUGACGUUUCAUGAACUGAAAUAAAAGAUCCCAGAAAUGUUCCAUGCGCACAAAAAGCUUAUUUCUCUCAAAUUGUGCACAAAUUUGUUUACAUCCCUGUUAGUGAGCAUUUCUUCUUUGCCAAGAUAAUCCAUCCACCUGACAGGUGUGGCAUAUCAAGCAGCUGAUUAAAGAUCAUGAUCAUUACACAGGUGCACCUUGUGCUGGGGACAAUAAAAGGCAACUCUAAAAUGUGCAGGUUUGUCACACAACACUAAGCCACAGAUGUCUCAAGUUUUGAGGGAGCGUGCAAUUGGCAUGGGGAUGCAGGAAUGUCCACCAGAGCUGUUGCCAGAGAAUGUAAUGUUAAUUUCUCUACCAUAAGCCGCCUCCAAUGUAGUUUUAGAGAAUUUGGCAGUAUGUCCAACCGGCCUCACAACCGCAGACCACACAAGCCCAGGACCUCCACAUCUGGCUUCUUCACCUGCAGGAUCGUCUGAGACCAGCCACCCAGACAGCUGAUGAAACUGUGGGUUUGCACAACCAAAUUAUUUCUGCACUAAUUGUCAGAAACUGUCUCAGGGAAGCUCAUCUGCGUGCUCGUUGUCCUCACCAGGGUCUUGAACUGACUGCAGUUUGGCGUUGUAACCGACUUCAGUGUACAAAUGCUCACCUUCGAUGGCCACUGGCACGCUGGAGAAGUGUGCUUUUCACAGAUGAAUCCCAGUUUCAACUGUACCGAACAGAUGGCAGACCAUGUGUAUGGCGUCGUGUGGGCGAGCGAUUUGCUGAUGUCAAUGUUGUGAACAGAGUGCCCCAUGGUAGCAGUGGGGUUUUGGUAUGAGCAGGCAUAAGCUACGGACAAUGAACAUGAUUGCAUUUUAUCGAUGGCAAUUUAAAUGCACAGAGAUACCGUGCCAUUCAUCCGCCGCCAUCACCUCAUGUUUCAUCAUGAUAAUGCAUGGCCCCAUUUCGCAAGGAUCUGUACACAAUUCCUGGAAGCUGAAAAUGUCCCAGUUCUUCCAUGGCCUACAUACUCACCAGACAUGUCACCAAUUGAGCAUGUUUGGGAAGCUCUGGAUCGACUUGUACGACAGUGUGCUCCAGUUUCCGCCAAUAUCCAGCAACUUCACACAGCCAUUGAAGAGGAGUGGGACACCAUUCCACAGGCCAGAAUCAACAGCCUGAUCAACUCUAUGCGAAGGAGAUGCAUGAGGCAAAUGGUGGUCACACCAGAUACUGACUGUUUUCUGAUCCACGCCCCUACUUUUUUGUUUAAAGGUAUCUAUGACCAACAGAUGUAUAUCUGUAUUCCCAGUCAUGUGAAAUCCAUAGAUUAGGGCCUAAUGAAUUUAUUUCAAUUGACUGAUUUCCUUAUAAAAAUGUUGAGACUGUUGCAUGUUGCGUUUAUAUUUUUGUUCAGUGUAGUUAUUGCCUAAUAUUUACCCACUACUUACCUAUCUGUCAGUAGUACAACUUCUGCAUAAUUAAAUCCCUUAGUACUCUUAUAAACACCCCAAAUAUUGAACAUAUCGAGUCAAAUGUUAGUUUACUGUCCACAUAUUACAUUAGAAUAAAUGCGGAAAAUCUUUUGAAACUGGUUCCCAUUAAAUUGACAAUUUCUGAACACAAUAUUAUGUCUUCAUGUAUUUCUGUCUCUCUUUUUUUCCACAGCUGAGGAGCGUAAAUCAGGUGAAAAGGAGACUCCCCCCGGGCCUCAGUUUGAGAGUGGCUGCAUCGUCAAGAUCACACACACCAAACCCUUACCUGGGAGAAAAGUCAUCAAGGUAGAGAUGUGCUUUUAACUCUUCUUUUACCAUGUAAAAAUGAUUAGAGCCAUGUGUUCUUCUAACCAAAAAUGUGUGUGCACAUGUGUGUGUCUAGGAUGCUCUCUCAGAGGUUUCCCCAGUGGUGUAUGUGGACACCCUUGAGGGUGACGUCCGCUUCAAGAGUCCAGUAGAGGCCAAGGCCAUCAUUGACGCUCGCACCGACCUGCAGAACAAACACAGCUGGCAGCUAGAGAUCCUCUCUGGUAUGCUGACUCUCCCAUUACUUCUCAGUGGUUCCUCAAGGGCCCUGUUCAAAUCAUCUUUCAUUGCAUCCUUCCUUCCUCCCUAUCUUGAGGUAAUCGCUGACAUGACUAGUGACAGCAACACAGAGGUAGCCUUGCUCAUAUUAGAUCAGUGAUUUCUUCAAGGAUGGGAGGAAGGAGGGAUGUAUUUGGGAGAAUUCAAACAGGGCCUUAAACAAUUUACUACAUCUGAACAGAGGCAAUGGAGAUGUAAGAUAAUGGUCAAUUAACAGUUGGGGGUUCUCUGUAGCUCAGUUGGUAGAGUAUGGCACUUGCAACGGCAGGAUAAUGGGUUCGAUUCCCGGGACCACCCGUAUGUAAAAUGUAUGCACGCAUGACUAAGUCGGUUUGGAUAAAAGUGUCUGCUAAAUGGCUAUUAUUAUUAUUAUUAUUAUUAUUAUUAUGAUAUAUUAACAGUUGUUUUUCAAUUCCUCUUACAGCGUCAUCAUUAGAGGAUCAAGAAAGCAUAUUCAUGAAUGAAUGUCUUUUACCAAAAGAUGUUUGAUUAAUUUGGCUUCAUUUGCUCAUUAAGAGAAAAAUGUGGCUGAAUUAUGUCACAAUUGCUCAUUUGUUCAUUAAUUUGUACUUUUAGGCGACCAUGAACAAAGGUACUGGCAGAAGAUCCUGGUGGACCGCCAAGCUAAGCUGAACCGACCCAGAGACAAGAAACGGGGCACAGAGAAAGUAGGCUUCCCCUCCAUUUUAAUUUUCUAUGGAUUAUUUACUAGGAUCUCUAGCAGCACCCAACCAUUUUAAUUAGGGAGAAAAAAAACACAUUAUGAGCAUGUUGUUCACUCAUUUUAUCUAUUUUUCUGCCCCAGCUCAUUUCCAAAGCCGAGAAAAUCAUCAUAGCCAGGGCCAAGGAGGCCACUAAGCACAUCCGUUUCAUGGAGGACUGAUCAAAACUGUCAAGUUCUACUGUGUGUCCUUUCUUUUCUGAAUAAUUUUCUUCCUUAAGAGUUUAUUGAAAUGUUGGCCUUUUUGUCAUUUCUACAUUGGAUGAUGUUUUUGUGAAGCAUUUUUUAUUUUUCCUAUUCUUGAGAAUGUUACAAGCAGAGAGAAGCCAUGGUUUUAAAAGGGAUGUCA